GCGUGUCGCCUCGUCAUUUGAUUUGCGUACAAGAAAAACACGGCGGCGGGUAGAACUUUCCAAAGAAUCGGAGGGUAUUUUUGGAAUUUUCUGUCCGUCUUCUCCGAUAUUUUCUGUGAACUGAAAAUCUGACGCUUCCUCUUCCUCCUCCUCCGGCGAGAUCCCUCUCCGGAACCGCCGCUCCAAUGAAAUUCGAUAAAUACUUAGAAAAAGUAAAAAACACAGACCCGAAGAAUGAUAGCUUAAGGAAUUCAAAUUCGAUUACCGUUUGAAAAUUUCCUGUCCGAAACUUUUUUUUUCCCUUUUACUGGGGUUACAGGGGAGAAUUUUUCUGAUGAUGACGGAGUGCGGAAUGGAGGCUUGGAUUUCCCCAAAUGGCGAUAAGUCUUUGAUCGAUCUCGGAUAUGGCAGCUUCGGGUGUUCUCAUUAUAGAAGGAGGUGUAAGAUUAGAGCUCCUUGUUGCAAUGAAAUCUUUUAUUGCAGGCAUUGUCACAAUGAAGCUAAGAAUUCAUUAGAUGUGGAUCCUCUCUUACGCCACGACAUUCCUCGCCAUGAUAUGGAAAAAGUCAUCUGUUCUUUGUGUGGCACAGAACAAGACGUGCGACAACAUUGUAUACAAUGUGGAGUUUGUAUGGGGAGGUACUUUUGCGCAAAGUGCAAGUUCUUCGAUGACGAUGUUUCAAAGAAGCAGUACCAUUGUAAUGAAUGUGGUAUUUGCAGGGUCGGAGGUGAGGAUAACUUUUUUCACUGCAAAAAGUGUGGUUGUUGCUAUUCAAAACUGAUGGAGAACUCCCACAAUUGUGUGGAAAAGGCAAUGCACCACAACUGUCCUGUUUGCUUUGAGUUUCUUUUCGAUACAAUGAGUGACAUUUCCGUUUUGCCAUGUGGACACACUAUUCAUUUAGAAUGUGUGAAGGAGAUGGAGCAACGCUUACAAUACACAUGCCCUGUUUGCUCAAAAUCCUAUUGCGAUAUGUCGAGCGUGUGGGAGAAGCUGGAUCAUGAGGUCGCAUCGACGCCAAUGCCACAAAUAUACCAACAUAAAAUGGUUUGGAUUCUUUGCAAUGACUGUAGUGAGAUAUCAGAAGUUAAUUAUCACAUUGUGGCACACAAGUGCCUCAAAUGCAAGUCUUAUAAUACAAGACUGACCCAAGGAGGGCCUUCUUCAUGUUCACAAAGGAUUCCUCAAAUAGUGAGAUAAUAUGAUUGACUUCUAGACAUAAUAACAUUUGUUUUAGGGAAUCUUCCUCUAGUAUUAUUUCUAGCUGCUAACUUAUUAUUAUAAGGCAUUCAUUUAACUCUCAAUUGGUGGUUUCUUUCUUUGCAACCACCAAUUAUUGUGGAAAUGUGUUGUAUUGGCAGUAUUAAUGUAUUAUGUUUAUUCAGUUGGAAUUUAAAGCCCAAUGUCCUUAGUU